GCGUGCGGCGGCUCGGUUGACAAGCAUUCGCGUGAAUACCGUGAUCGGUGCUGGCGAAGUCACUAUGGUGGAUAGGAAGACAAGAGGCGACGCUUCUCUCCUCUCUCGCCUCGUCCCCAUUUUGCGCACUGGAUACUAACCAUGUUUCAAAGAGCCGCACUUUCUGAAAGUUUGUGAAAGGACCGUAACCGCUGCGCUGAGUCUGGACGGAGGGACCCGGCAGCAAGAUGCAGAUCUGAGAGUGAAGUAAGCUGGGAAUCACCUAUUGCUUCUGACAUUGUGUUGUACGUGUCUAGAUUGAUCGGUACAUCUAAUGCAGUUUGAUAUAUCGUUCCCAAGCGACUGAGUCUAUUUAAAUAAAUUACCGAGGCUAACUACCUUGUCAGGUGGAAGGAACUUUUCUAUCAUCAUGUCAAAACCCAUAGACCACGUAAAGCGUCCCAUGAAUGCGUUUAUGGUGUGGUCCAGAGCUCAGAGGCGAAAGAUGGCUCAGGAGAACCCCAAAAUGCACAACUCCGAGAUAAGCAAGAGACUUGGAGCGGAGUGGAAACUUCUCACCGAAUCAGAGAAAAGGCCAUUUAUCGACGAAGCGAAGCGGCUGCGGGCGAUGCACAUGAAGGAGCACCCAGACUACAAAUACAGACCGAGGCGGAAACCCAAGACUUUAAUGAAAAAAGAUAAAUUCGCUUUCCCGGUGCCUUAUAACUUGGGGGAGCACGAAGCGUUAAAGGUAAACGGCUUACCGAGCGGAGCGCUCUCUGAGUCCUUGAUGAGCAACCCCGACAAGGCGGCGGCGGCGGCGGCGGCGGCCGCCGCGAGGGUCUUCUUCAACCCCUCCAUGUCCACGAACCCUUAUUCGUUUUUUGACCUCGGGUCCAAAAUGACCGACCUCUCUCCGCCGUCGUUCCCUUACGCGUCACCGCUGGGUUAUCCCGGCGGCGCCACGGCGUUCUCCGGGACCGGGAGCGUGGGCACGGGGACGCACACGCACACGCAUUCCCACCCGUCCCCGAGUAAUCCCGGAUACAUGAUCCCCUGCAACUGCGCCGCGUGGCCCUCGGCGGGUCUCCAGCCCCCACUAGCGUACAUCCUACUGCCCGGAAUGGCGAAACCUCAACUUGAACCUUAUCCCGCGUACGCCGCGGCGCUAUGAGACUGCGGACUCGAAAAAGUUUGACAUAUGAAAGAACUGUUACAUGCAAUAGUUCAGGAGCAUGCACGAGCCCGGACAUGUGAUGCACCGAUUGGCAUAACAAUUAUCACAUGUGUAUAUUACUUAACGCCUUUGUGUAAAGGGAAGCCUGUUUGGAUAUCUAUCUCAUGUUGUUCAACCUGCUAAAUCGGAAAAGGGGAAUAUCUAAAGAUGGCGGUGUGCUGCUAGGAGCCCUUGUCAGUCUGCGUGCUCGUUUGAGAAGGUACCGGGUGCUUUUUCGGGCACUUGUCGGUGCACGUGUUUGACUUACUCGCUGGAGCAGGUAGCAGUCGCGAGCAGCGUACACGCGCUCUUAUAUUCACUUAUUCCUUUUUUUUUUUUACUUCAGUGUUGAAUGAGCGGUUACGUUAUUUGCUACGGGACUUAGCGCAACUUUAGGCGUGUCCCGCACUUACUCUUGUCUUUCCAAAAAAGAAUUACAAUCAUGUAAAUGUGUACAGGUUGAUGAAGUCUGUCCUCAGUGCUCCAUAUGUCGGAGCUUUUUAAUUAGAGAUCAGGUGUAUAUUUUAAGUUUUGAAUACUGUUUCAUAGAUGUGUGUAAUAUUUAUUGUUCAGUGAAGACAUUGCUAUCACUCAUGUCGUUGAGUUUAGGACAGACUGCACCCUUUGAUAUCGGCGAAAGAAAGUCAUAAACUUACGGGUGUAACACACUCUGUCUCUCCUUCUCUCUCUCUCUCUCUUUCUCUCUCUCUCUCUCUCUCUCUCUCUCUCUCUCUCUCUCUCUCUCUCUCUCUCUCUCUCUCUCUCUCUCUCUCUCACACACACACACACACACACACGUAAAUCUCUGAAUCUGACUAGGGUGCCAACUCACAUAAAUGAUAUAUGACUGACGACUAUAAAGCAUUUAUUAGCCAAGGCUCGUGUGGUUUGAGGAAGUCAAUCCGUUAUUUUACUCUUUACAAAAUUGUAUGUUAUGUGUUUUACUUAACACUACUUACAUGUACUUUAAAACCUAAAAUGGCUAUCGUUCAUUUAUUGAACAAACAAUUAUAAUAAAGCGUAUGCGCACAAACA